AAAGCUUGUUUUUUCUCCCAUACCUUCAACUUUUGUUCAUUUCACGAAGAACAGAAUAAUUUCAUUGAGGACUACAAUCUGCAGACAGGAGUGAUGCCGCAGCUAAACUGCUCCCGUGCAAGUCUUUUCGGUAGCGACGUCUCCAGCGAUAUAGGGUGCAAAGAUGCAGCUUUGCUUUGUGGUAUGAACAUCUCCUGGUUGCUGGAGAACGCCACCGAGCAGGAAGUGGAUGAAAUGUGCUUGAGCGAGGAGGAAUAUCUUGCCAGGCAACUCGGACCGCCGAGGUCCCCUCUGUUCCUUCCCGUCUGUGUCACCUACCUGAUCAUCUUCUUGGUGGGCGUUCUGGGUAAUUCCCUCACCUGUGCGGUCAUCUUGCGCUACAAGGUGAUGCAGACGCCAACCAACUACUACCUGUUGAGCCUCGCCGUGUCGGACCUGCUGGUGCUGCUGCUGGGCAUGCCUCUGGAGCUCUACGAGAUGUGGCAGAACUAUCCCUUCCUGCUUGGGGAGGGGGGAUGCAAUUUCAAAAUCUUUCUGUUUGAGACCGUCUGCUUCGCCUCCAUCCUUAACGUCACGGCGCUCAGCGUGGAACGCUACCUGGCCGUCGUGCACCCGCUCAAGGUCAAACACAUGGCAACAUCCUCCCACGUCAAGAAGGUCGUCUUCAUGCUGUGGUUGCUCUCCAUGCUGUGUUCUGUUCCCAACACCAGCCUGCACGGGAUUGUGGUGCUGCCUCCGAGGUUCGGACGACACUUCCCGCGUUCUGCUAUCUGCCAUUUGGUCAAGCCCAAAUGGAUGUACAACCUAAUCAUCUUGAUUUCCACGCUGGCCUUCUUUAUCCUUCCCAUGCUGAUUAUUAGCAUCCUCUACUUACUUAUCGGGUUUGAGCUGCAUAAGGAGAGAGUGGCGACGACCGUGGAUGAUCGGUGCAGCUUUGGACCAGAAACCCUCAGCAGAGCUCACAGGCAGAAGAUGAAUGAACGCAACUUUCAAGUCACCAAAAUGCUGUGUGUGUUGGUGAUAGUGUUCGGCCUCUGCUGGGCCCCCUUCCACGUGGACCGUCUGAUGUGGAGCUUUAUGGACACGUCCAUUGAACAGCACAUCAAGAUUUUCGAACACGUUCACAUUGUCUCCGGUGUCUUCUUCUACUUGAGCUCCGCCAUCAACCCCAUCCUCUACAACCUCAUGUCCACCCGUUUCCGUGAAAUGUUCAGUCACAUCACUUGCUACAGAAACAGAUGUCCGCUACGCUCGGGCGUGGAGAUGACGCAGCGCAGCAACUUGAGUCAGAAAACACAGAGCAGCUCCAAAUGGACUCAAAGUUCAGUGCUGAAGCAAACGAUAUUGAAUAAGGAAGGCUGAAUCGCCAUUGGAAGAACAUUGGUCAAUGUUUUAUUCAUCCAUUCAACAUCAUCCACGGUGCAUUCAGUGCAUGGGUGAAAAUGAUCAAAAGCACCAGUUAUGACCUUGACAUGAGCAGGAUAGGAUGAGCUGUCGCGCUAAUGGGUAAUGAAUGAUGCUAAAGGAAUACAGUAGAGAAUGUACAUAAAAGAUUUUACAUAAAACGUACUUUACUGCGUGUACUGUAAUUCUACCAAGGAACUACAACUUCAGAAAGACUGAAUAGUAUUGGAUGGAAGCAGUAAUUCUAGAGGGGAUGAGAAGAUGAGGAGAUAACGACUUAUGCGGCCACUGGUGGGAGAAGAGAUUAACAUACAAAUGAUAGAAAACCAUUUUAAUGCAUUGGAAGAAUCAUCCAUGAAUUGUCAUGAAAUUAAGUCACUUGUGAUGGACUGAGAGUAACGACUGCAUAUGCUGCAUAAAUGUGCGUCCACAGCGCAAGCCUGUUUUUGGGUUCAUCUGGGGUAUUUUCUGGAAAUAUAAUUGAACAAGAAAA